GGAUAAAACAAAAGAGAUGCGGGCCAACAUUUUACUACUCCCUACUCCACUGCCAACAAAACCUCCACUGCCAUUGUCUGCAAUGGCGUCUCGGCCUUUCCCACGGGAGUCCCCUCGCUCCCGGCCUCCUAGCUCUAGCUCUCUCUCCGCCUCCGUUCAAAUGGGAUCCUCGCCUGCGCCUUCGCCUUCGCCUUCGACUUCGCCGCCGAUGCCGAUGAUAGGGAGGGCCGGCAACCUCACCGUCUUCAUCACGCCGCCGUCGCCGGCCAGCACCCCGCGCUCCUCGCGCCCGUCCGACUCCCCAAGGCCGGACUUCUCCACCCCUACCUCCCGCACGGGUACGGCACCGCCUCCGCCGCAGAAGAGCGCUAGCCCGCCCGCGCCGCCGGUCAAGUUCUCGCCCCCUGCACCGCCCGUGAAGGUGUCCCUGCCUCCUGUGCAGGUGCCCCCGCCGCAGUACGGAAAGGCUUCUGCGGGGGGCAAGCACGACGGAUCGGUGUUCGGCUUCUUAUGGGACGCCGUCGCGCGCGUGCAGGAAGCGCACGCGAGCCUGGACGAGUACGUCGCCAACUGGUUCGGAUUGGAUCAGUCUAAGUACCAGUGGGCUCUCAACGACUACUACGAUACCACCGGCAAGGAAGUGGAAUAUGGCAAAGCUGGGAAGCCAAAGGAGCUUACUACUACUACUACUACUACUAAUAAAGUGCAGAAAGUUUAGAAGCAAACUUCAUUCCAGGUUGUGUGUGUAGUGAAGCGAAGUUCUAUUUGUUAGAUCUUGUCAUUGGGGCUUCAAGAGUUUUUGCCUCUUUAUCUACCUGAUGAAGUAGGGUCUACAUUUGACACAAGGGGCACUUGGAUCAUCGAGAGUCUGAAGUUAUUGUUUUUUGUUGGCUCCUUUCAGGGUCUGCUGUAAUCUGAGACGCAAAUUGCGUAUUUGCAGUGGCUAAAUGUUGCAGUUCAACAUCUUA